AUGCGCCAGGCGUUGGGGUUCCCAUCCGUGUCGAACGCCUUUGAGGUGGAGGCUGACCAGUUCUUGGAUCAGUUGCAGCUCUACAUGCCCAAACCGAUUCGCCCGGAGGACCUGAAAGUGGCCGAAAACCUCUUGCGCCUCGGGCGCCCCCUGAGUGGUGGAGGUAUCGAUGUGGUUGAGUUCUGCGAGCGCUUCGAACUCUUGGCUCGCAACGGUGCAGCGGCUGGUAGCGCCCCGCCUGCCCCCGUCAGGCCGCCGCCGAUCCCUGACAGCGACGUCUCCAAGGUGCUGCUGAGAGAAAGGUCUUGCUGCUCCUGGUGCGCUGGACUGCGUUUGCCAAGAUGA